UUUCACCUGCUCAGUCACCCGUAAACAGUUGGAUUGGCAUUACGACAUCUUUAAGCUUUCAAUAGACUUGUUAUUGUAUUGAAAAUCGAAUUUGAAAAGAAAUUUUAAUGCCUUAACAUGUACAAACCUAUAUGGUCUGUUUAAUCUCUUGCACUUUCACUAGCCUUAGUUACUACUAGUAGAACGAGUUGACAGACCCCAACAUGAAUCUCAUAGAAGCUGUGUGCCUCAUGGUUGCCCUGGCAACAGUUGCCAAGGCUCAGAUGUUUGUACCAUGUGGCCCGCCAGUCGCACCGAGGCCUGGGGAUCCACCCCUGCCGAAACUUCCCCAGCAGUUCCAAAUGCAUGUCGAGGCCAACAUUGCCAAUAGAGGUUUGACCAGGAAUUACAAGGAGUUCUACGACUACCCAGGCAAUCGGGCAGCCAUUUUCCAAUUUGACCAAUCAACUGGGGUGCAGAAACACACGAUUAUGAAUUUCACUUCUGGAAUUGCGUUUGAUCAUUUCUCCAACAAAACAUGCAGGGCUAAAUUCAUAAAUGAAUCCAAUGUAUUCGGAGUCUUUGGGAACUCAUCACAAAUCAACAGUGUCAACGACUUUCUGUACUUUGGAGAACAGAUGGGAGAAGUUUACGUCAAAGAAAAUAUCCAGAUACGAGGCAUCCCGGUUAAUCACUGGACCUCCUGCGUGAAGAUGGCUGUGAACUCAAGCACCACUUUCACUCUGGACUGGUACUUCUCCAACGAAACAUUCUCCAUUGACAAUGUGCAGCAUGCUGUACCAGUCAGGGCAGUCAUAAAUGGGACUGGCAGAUAUCCUGGGCAGAGCUCCACGCACAGUUUCCUGCAUUACUACGAGUUUACUGACUUUAUAAGUGGACCAAUUGAGGACGAGGAGCAUGUCUUUCAGGUGCCUGUCGGUACUGUUUGUUUUGGAGAAAAGACGAUGCUUGAGGAGUACCCACCCAACGUGACCCGACAUUUCACGACUGUUAUCGAGAGAGCGGUUUACAUGGAUGAGAAACUCCAGGACAAGACGACAGUGCAGCUGUACAUGGACUACUCAUCUGGAACAUUCCGUAUUGACCAUGACAAACCACGCGCCUUGGAGAAAGACGAUUACCAAUUCCACCCACUCAUGAAGACUUACGACGUAAAAGAUGGCCUGCUGUACAUAGUAGACAAGGUGACACGAAACUGCACAGUGCGCAAGCUGCCAGAGAUGGACUUCUUGCAGUACAAAGGAGCGGGGAUACCUCCCAUCAUGAAAUACUUCCAUCUGAAUGGCACUAAGAUGCUUAACCAGGGCAUUAAAACCUGGCGGGAUAUGCCAGUGUAUUCCUGGGGACACAAGAAUGCCACUAGCGGUGAAGUCUUUGAGCUGCUCUUUGAACACAUUUCGGAUGGUUGGGUCAUUCAACAUGGCAAGGAGGGACUCCCGGACAUGCCUGUAUGGAUGCAGAAGAUACCCCAGCCAGUCGGCUUCUACCACUUCAUACCAGCAAAGGAUGAAAAACCUAGCCAGAGCGUCUUUGAGCAUUAUGUAGGUUUCACCAAUGGUCAUCCAUCCCAAGAUGUGUUUGACAUGACCCUGUGCUAUGCACCUGGCCACCACUACACCACCUUCUACGUUCUGGUGAUGAAUGGAGGCCAAGGGAUGUCACUGAAAGAAACGCUGAUGUAUUACCAGAGUGAGUUUGUGGCUGCCUUCAAGCACACUGUUGCCCAUCUUGCUGAUGUGUCGGUCACUCGUAUCCAGUCUGUUACUUGGGAUGAAACCCUCCUGGGAUCUCUUGCUGUGACAGUCUCCUUCAAUCUCCUUGACAACAAUGUAGCAGGUUUCCAUAACCUCAACAUUACUGGCAUUCCCAUAGACGUUGCAAGGGCCUUCCUCACUGUGCAGAUACAGAAGACUGAGACAUCGCCACAGUUUGUAGUACAUACAGAGGACAAAAAGACGGCUCACCUGAUGAUUGAGAAAGGGUCACUGUGGGAGUCAGCAGCAGAAACUACAGACGGUCAGAAGUCCACAAUGAAGCAGUAUGGACCUGGCUCGAUGGCAGGCCUCGGUAUAGGCAUGUUGAUCAUUGGAGCCCUGCUGGGACUGGCUGGGGCCUUCGUCAUCUACAAGAGGUUUGACGUGGAGGUGCCUUACAAGACACAGGAAUAAGACUCCCUGCACUUUCCAUCUGAGCUGGGUUUUGUUGAAAAAGAGAUGAUCUUAAAGCAAUAAAUACAAAAAAGUGGUCUUUGGCGUCUCCUAUAAAUCUGUGCAGACUGCUACAUAAUUUACAAGAACUUUUAAAAUCUCAUAUUUUUCUACAUUUUCUCCUUUAUGUAUACUCUGUUUGUUUCUUUGUUUUGUUACUCAUUCUUAUGUAAAGCAAACACAAUAUUUUUUAUGUUUAAUUGAUUACCCUCACUUGACGAUGUAUGAGACCAAGUGUUUUACGCAUAAGUUUCAAUAUAAGUUUUCUGGACUAGAAAUCUUUUCUCAUUUCACAUUAAAUAAAAUUGGGUGUGUAUUAAAUAUGGUUGCACUUUAUACUAGCAUGUCAUGAAACUUUUUUGGAAGUUAAGCUUUACACGCAAUAUACUGGUACAUUAGGAAUUUAAGAGUUACACACAAUAUAUAUUAGGAAUUUAAGCUUUACACACAAUAUAUAUGAGAAUGUAAGCUUUACACAACAUACAUUAGGAAAUGAAACUUUUCAAACAAUAUUCAUUGGGAAUUAAAGCUCAACACACACAAAAAUUGCUUUUUAUAAAUUUCCUGGAAAUAUAUCAUGUGCACAUUAUUUUAUCCUUUGAUGCAUUUACAUGUAUGAAAUUAGAUGUUUGCAGUUUAGCAAGCAAUGUUGCUAUGUAUGUAAAUAUUGGGUGUUUCUCAAUAAGCCAUGCCAGAUAAACUUGCUGCAUGUUUUUCAUUAAUUAUCUGGUCUCUAUAGGACCAAAUACAGUUGCUUCAAAUUUAAACUGGUAAACACUAUAAUAUAGCUAUCAAAUUUUCUCAUUGUGAUAUUGAUUCAAUGUUUUAUGCUUUUCGAUUAAUUUUGAUACCAGUAUUUUACAACUAAGUUUGGAAUCUCAUAUUUUUCUACAAUUUAACAAUGUUUAUAUAUACUUUUUAAUUUUUUUUUGCUUUGUUACUCAUCGUUUUAAAAAGCAAUAUUUAUAAUAUGUUAUUAUUUUAGUUGAUAUUAAUUUGUGUGUUCAUUAUUAUAAGUAACUAAAACACCACCAUUCCUUAGUGACUGUCAUAUCUUCAAUUCAUUUCUGUUCUGUAUCGACACAUCUGGCAAACACUAACACUCAUUAUUUUCCACUUAAGUGAAUGUUAAGUUGCAGGCAGUGUGAAACUUAAAAACAUAAGUUACUAAAUUUGCAUAUCCAAGAAAACCUUAAGAAGUCUGCAGGGUUUUGAUUUUUAGAUUUUCUACAACUAUGAUAUGCAGUUCUUGUACUUCUGGCAGUCCAUUGAGUUUUAGACUUGGUACUGAAGCAAUUGUUAAAUUAUAAUUAUUGAGUGUUUGUUUACAAAUAACAAGAUAUAUUAACAUAUAGGUAGACUGAUAUCACAAAUAUACUGCUGUCUUUGGUGGAAGAUUUAUACACUUUCUUAUGAUACUUGUAUACAUUCCUUUUGUUUGUUGUGAUAUUUAUAUUCAGUCAAGUUUAUUUUGAAAUAAAUAUAUAAAAACCUAAAACAGAAUAUAGAAACCUUCAAGGAUGGCAGGCAUAACCCAAAGUUUGUUAAACUGAUAUUAUUUGCUAAGUGCAUGUACUGUUUUAUUUGUGUAAAAAAAAUCCAUAACCAAACUCAGAAAAUCCAGAACUAACCAGGUUGCAAUUAUUUUUUUUUAUAGAAUAAAAUAACAUUAUUUUGUAUAUAACACUGAAUUUUAUACAACUAUACAUAAGUUUCCAAUAAAGUGUUUAUAAAUC